AUGGCAACUAAUCAACAACAAAAACCUCCUCAACAUAAAAUAGUAAGAGUUGGAUGUGGAGCAGGAUAUCAAGGUGAUAGAGUACCACCUGCAUUAAAGUUAAUCAAUGAAGCCAAGCUAGACUAUUUGGUGUUGGAGUGUUUGGCCGAACGAACACUUACCGAUAGCAUCAGGAGAAUGAAGAAUGGCGGUCGAGGAUACGACCCAAGACUAAGAGAAUGGUUAAGUCAGUUGCUUCCAGCUGCACACCGCAAUCGUGUAACUGUCAUCACCAAUAUGGGUGCUGCCGAUCCACGUGGUGCUGGUGAAGAAGCAUUAGAAAUUGCCAAACAACUUGGAAUUGUCAUUCGUAUCGUAGUAGUCUGUGAAGUAGUUGAACAUACAACUACAACUGAAUCACAGAACAAAAAGACAACAACUACAGCCGCAGCAGCCGCACCAAAAUUAAUCGCCAUUCCAAGCUCUAAUGGAUUCUCUGUUAGUAGUGAUUCUGUAAAUAACGAUGACGAUGAAAAUUGGGAAGUUGGUUGUACAUAUCUUGGUGCUGAUUCAAUUAUUGAUGCUUUAAAGUUAAAUGCCGAUUUAGUUAUUGCAGGAAGAGUAGCAGAUCCAAGUUUAUUUGUUGCACCUAUAGCUUAUACAUUUGGAUGGGAUUUAAAAAAGGAUUUUGAUUUGAUAGCACAGGCUACUUUGGCGGGACAUUUGUUAGAGUGUGGAUGUCAUUUGACGGGUGGCUAUUUUGCACAUCCGAUGGGUAGAAACAUAACGUUUGAUCAAUUGGCCAACCUGUCGUUGCCAUUUUGCGAUAUCGAUAGUCGCGGCAACCUAGUGUUGGGCAAAACCGAGGGGAGCGGCGGCGAGCUGAGUGAACGAACCUGCAAACAACAACUGACGUACGAAAUUGGCGAUCCGCGAGAAUACAUCACGCCAGACAUUAUAGUAGAUUUCACAGGAGUCGAGUUUACAUCAAUGUCUGACAAUGCUGUGAUGGCGCGGGGUGCUAGGGGGACGCGAGGUCCAAGCACGUUGCUGCGACUAGUUGCACGAAAUGCAGGUUUCAAAUCAUGGGCUGAGAUUAGCUACGGCGGUCUAGGCUGUGUCGAGCGUGCACAUUGGGCAAGUCAACUGGUACACAAGUGGAUGGAAGACCGUAAAAAGGGUAUCACGCACAAUAUGAUGACCUAUCUCGUCGGAUACAACAGUCUCUAUCUACCACAUGGAUCAAAGUUUACAAUGAUACCGACCUCUCUGCCAAAGACAAUCCCAGCAACUCGCGAUCCCCGCGACACCUAUUCAAACGAUUGUUGGGCCGAUGGGUAUCCGCCCGAGGUGCGACUGCGGUUCGACGGUCUAUUUGACACGCGAGAAGAUGCAGAGGCCCUAGGCAUGGAGUUACAAGGUCUCGGUCUAUGCGGACCCGCAGGCGGUGGUGGUUUUGCAUUUGGUAUUAAAAAGGAUGUUAGAUUAGUUAGACAAUUCAUUAAACGUGAACUAGUUAAAUGGAAUACAUUUAUUUUUUUAAAUAAUGAUCAAAAUAUUAAUAUUAAUCGUAAUAAUAAUAAUAACGAUAAUAAUAAUAUUAGUAGAGGUCAUUAUAACAAUAAUAAUAAUAAUAAUAAUAGCAAUCAUCAUAUUCAAAUUAUAUCUAAAGAAAAAUUAAUUCUGGACAAAAAAGAUUACCAAAACACAGUGUUUUUAACAAAGAAUGGAACUAGUGUACGAUACAUGAUCAAAGACGGUUGGAAGAGUUCCACGGCCGCCAUCAUCUAUUCACCACCACCACUCCACCACACGAAAACCAUUACUAGUUUACCAUCCAGAGUUUUAUUGUACAAUAUUGCACAUUCGAGAAGCGGCGACAAGGGAGACACAGCAAAUGUAAGCGUCAUCCCAUACGACACUGGCGAUUUCUAUCGACUCACCAAAGUGAUAACUAGCGACUGGGUCCGAACUGUAUUUAGAAACUUGACCAAACAAUCCGACGUCACAGUCUACCAACUACCAGGCAUCAAAUCAUUCAACAUUGUCAUCAACUUUGCAUUAGAUGGUGGUGUUUGUGUAAGCAGAAGAAUUGACAGACACGGUAAAACUCUUAGUGAUUUAAUCCUAAAUCAAUGGGUUGAUCUUUUACCAUUAUCAUCUCUCUAA